AUUACCUUCCGCUUUACCGAGCUUCCAACUGAGCUUGCCUUCAUGGUCCUCAAAUAUGCCGCACAACCCACCUUUGAUCAGGCUGAGAGAUAUGAUCGCCAAAAUCCAUACUCAUCCGCGCUCAACCUCUGUCUCGUCUCCAAAAGUGUCAGGCGCGCGGUACUCCCCGAACUCCUGCAUACUGUAUCACUGCGGGAACCUCGAAAUGUGAAAGCGUUCGUGCAAGCUCUGCUUAUGCAAGAAGCUUACAAGGAAGCAAACAACCGGGACUUCAAAUUUGACUACGCAUCCCAUGUGCACAGGAUGUGGAUUAAAUCCCCCGGUGACGAUCUCGCACCAGCGUCUGAGCGUUCGCGUGUCAUCAGCCUCCUCACCCCGGUAAUAUUUGCUGCGCCGUCCCUUGCUCUCGGUUGGACAAGUGUGGACCUCCUUGUAGAAUGCCUAGAACACGCGUGGAAGUCCCGUCCAGCCAUACUUGAUGGCGAAGAACAUCCUCGGCCUCCCUGGAAGACCCAGACACUGACCAUAACGUUGGGGAUUCCUAUCAGCAACACAAAGUGGAACAGCCUCACAAGCACCCCACAGGGGUCCGCUUUCCUUGCUUCAAUCCGUCGCCUCUCCAGCGCCACAUACCUAUACCGCGACUUCACGUCCCCCCUGCCGCCGACCUCAUCCCAAGACUACAGUCUGCCUGAUUGGAUGAAGACCGCUCCACUGGCUUCUUUUACAAACCUUCAAACCGUCAUACUGCCGUACCCGCGUACCAAAGGUCCCAUCAGUAUAGUUGGCGUGACCAGUAGGGGAAUUGAUAUGCAUGUAGAGAUGCUGACGUUUCCC